AUGGCCGGCCCAUGCGAGCUCUCGGUGCAGGACCUCAACGAUCUGCUCUCGGACGGCAGCGGCUGCUACAGCCUCCCGAGCCAGCCUUGCAACGAGGUCACCCCGAGGAUCUACGUGGGCAAUGCGUCUGUGGCUCAAGACAUCCCCAAGCUGCAGAAACUGGGCAUCACCCAUGUCCUGAAUGCUGCUGAAGGCAGAUCCUUCAUGCAUGUCAACACCAGUGCCAACUUCUACAAGGACUCCGGAAUCACCUACCUGGGCAUCAAAGCCAACGACACACAGGAAUUCAACCUCAGCGCCUUCUUUGAAAAGGCUGCAGACUUCAUUGAUCAGGCCCUGGCUCACAAGAAUGGCCGGGUGCUAGUCCACUGUCGUGAAGGAUAUAGUCGCUCCCCAACUCUAGUUAUCGCCUACCUCAUGAUUCGUCAGAAGAUGGACGUUAAGUCGGCUCUGAGCAUCGUGAGGCAGAACCGUGAGAUUGGCCCCAACGACGGUUUCCUAGCCCAACUCUGCCAUCUCAAUGACAGACUAGUCAAGGAGGGGAAAUUGUAA